CUCCACCCACAGCAAUGGCGGCAGAUCUGAACUCGGAUUGAUGAAGUGCUGAGCGCAAAAUAACUCUGUAAAGUAAAAUCGCGUUCAAGAUCGAUGUUGCUGAAGUCAAAGAGCUUCCCUACUGUCCUGACUUUCUGACAUGACAGUACAGCACUUUCCGUAGUGUGACCAUGGAUAAUGAAGAACAGAUCUUGCAAAUGUUGGAGAAGAAACAAGACUUGUUCAGGAGACAUAAAAAAUCUCAGAAGCCCAAGCGAUGUACCAAUGUCACUGCUCUACACAAACUAAGAUGUAGUGACCUUGAUUCCAGGAGUGUGAUCAACAACCGUCAUGUGCAGCAGUUUGUCACAGAACAAGAGUUCAGAUCGUCCCCUCAUUUACCUGCCCCACCAAUCAAAUGUGGCAUCGACACAACUUUUCAGGACAACAAGCAAAAUGACCUCAAGCCGUCAGGUGGUGUUGCUCCCACUUCAACCAACAGUGGUAGAAUUAUUCAUGGCGGAGGCCGAGAGAAAAAGGAUUCAAAAUCAGCUAUUGUAUCUGUUGAUCCUUCUUCUCAAGAUGGUAAAGUCAAUACACGUCAUAGCAGGACUCCAUUAGCCUCAAAGAAAGAGCUUAUUAACCGCAGUUCUACUGUGAAGACAAUGAGCAAAGUGACAGUUGAAGAAAAGUCUUUUCUAAAAGAUGCCGAGCUAACUCAAAAGCAAAAUUCUUGUGUCGAUAACAAAGUAGAGAUAGAAGAUGAAGAACGUGGAUUUUUUUUUUAUUCUACUCCUGAAAAUCCUGAGAAUAAACAGGCUACUACAUCAGGAAAGUUACCAGGACCAAAAGGUGAUAAUCUGGACGGUGAGGGAGAAUCAAGUGAAGAAGAUGUGAUUGAGGCAACACAGGUGUGCUCUGUCAAAACCAAAUUUGCCAGUAGUGUUGGUCGCAGACAAAAUCAUGUGGAUGUGUCAGAGUCUGGCAGAAGAAGGGGUCCGAGGUCUUUACUGACAGUAAGCCCACCUGGCUCCCUUUCAAUAAAGAGUUCACUGUCAUUUGGGAGUGCUGUGGACUCAUUAGCAUGCAGUUCUACGGACCAGAAGUCUCACCAUCUCAUUACAGACUCCCAGUUCUUUCAGAUGCUCGGUGUGAGUGACUCUGAACAAGGAGAAAGUUACCUGGACACAAUGCACUGUGAUAAGGCCAGUAAUCCCAUUGAGUCUAACAAUUCUGCUCUAGUUCAGUUUGAAAAGCAAACCUCAGAUAGAACUCAUGCCUUUGGUUCUCAGUCCAACACUAAUGACUUUUGCCAGAAAACUUCAUUCUCAGUUGAUUCUCAGAAUGGACAAAGUAGACUUAUGGUUGACACUCAAGAUGUUGAAAAUAGAAGUUCGAUUAACUCUCCAAGUUGUUCUAUUGAAUCUUGGUUAGAUGAAAAUACGUCUAAAGUUAUCUCUAAAAAAUGCGAGUCUACUCUUGACUCUUUGUUGGACCAAAAUACGUCUAAAGUUAUCUCUCAAAAGUGUGAGACAAAAGUAGAUUGCAACAAUGAUAUGAUCAGUAUGUCUCCUAUUGGCUGUCGAAAUCGACUGAAGACAUGCACAACUGACACUCAAAAUGACCAAAGUAGAUCUUCUUUUGAUUCUCAAGAUGGCGAAAAGUCCACUAUCGAUUUUCAAAAUGACCAAAGAAAGUCUGCAGUUUGCCUUCAAAACCCUACGAGUUCAGAGACAAUUUUAUCUCUCAAGAAUGCUAGUCUUUCCUACAUUCCACUUGAACAGAAGUUGUCUCCAUCUUCUGAAUCAAGUGAGCUCAUGUUAAAAGCUUUAAGCACAAAUGCAAGCUCGCCACAAGAAUCCCUGUUGUAUGCUUACCCGACAACUGUGCCUGACACGGAGAUGCCUGUGUCUGAAAUGCCUUACAGCAACUUUACAGAACUUGAUGCCAUUCCAUACUCACAGUUUGAACUGUCAGAAGAUUUUUUGUCAAAUGAAAUUCCAUUUCAGAACUUUAAAGGUGUCAAGGCUAGGAAAAAAUCAAUAUCUUUGGUGAAAAGACGUUCACCAAGAAUAGCUUCUCAGUCUUAUAGUGGCAAUAAUAGUGCCGGUAUUCAAUCUUCUAAUGUGUCGCGGGCCACACCAAAGUCUACCUGCACUUCUCAAAUGUCCCAUCGGCAAGCUGGAUCCAAGGCAGGCACCCAGGGCGGGUCUGCUUGGAGGACAAAGAAAGCCCAGGCCAUCUUUGCCAUCUUUCAGGUCCUUAUUGAGGAGAUGAAAAAGAUACCCUCAUCCGAGUUUGAACUUCCAGAUGUAUACAGGAGCUUACAAAGUAAUACUGAUACUGGAGAGAAAUACUUGGAGUCACAGCCUGAGGUGGUCCCUUCAAAUGUGUCUCUUGACAAUGUGCCUACUUCUGCACUGGAGGAAGGUAGGAGUGCUGCUCUCAGCCACAAGACAGCAGAGGGCAAUUGGAAGACCUAUCACCCUGACGAGGUCAAACCGUCUAAUUAUUUGUUAAACUUUAAAAAUGUUGAUCAAACAAAGGUAGACUUAGACGAUGGAAUGUCUGUUCAGUGUUCAGGUUCAAGCAAGUCUAAUAACGCCCUGGUCAGAGCUACUGGCUCGGCUGCUAUAAGACGCGGGUCUGUGGCUGGGGACCCCGUGGACUUCACUGAUUGCAUCCCAGAGUCAGAAGUCGACACAAUAGAGGACUCUGAGCCAACUGAAAGCUCUGGUUUAAUGCACACUGGGAAGUCCGAUGUGACAUAUAUUGUCAAGUAUAAUGCGACACAGACGGUUGUCAGUGAUAGGCAUACGAAGAAGUAUAAUUCCAUACGAAAAGAGAAAUCUGAUUCGACUCUUUCUGUGAUAUCUGAUGACACUCUGAUCACAAAAUUUGAUAAGUCUGAAUUGAAGCCACCAGGUAGAUCUAACUUAAUGGAAACAAGGCAAUCAGAUGAGAGUGACAAAGGAAAUUGUAAGGUGAUGGGUGCAAAGAAGUCUGAAGUGAAAAGUGUUUCUGAAUCUGAUGUCACUGGCACCGAACGCUUUGAUCAGGUAUUGUUAAAACAGUCUUGUACAAAUGGUAAAUCAGAGUUUGAUGGACCCCUGACAGUAAAAUCUCAUGUAAAGAGGUGUGAAAACUUUGAAGUAACAGAUUCUGCACAGUCCUAUAUGGCACCAAGAAAGAAAUCCAGUAAUAGUGAGAAGUUAUUAGACAACACGACUUUGUCCAUGAAAGCUUAUGGAAAGCAAAAAGUGAUUUGUGACCAAAUUGUUGGACCUGUACGGCUGGCACCAGAAGGGAAUGCAGAACCAACUGUUAUCCUUGAAAGUCCCUUAGCAAAAUCCCAAAAGGGGGUUACGAAUUCUCAUAUGGUUCGAUCUUCAUCAAACAUGGAUGUACAAAAAAUGAUGGAAGGUAAUGAUGUGGUGCAAAAACUACCAGUUUCCCCGCUGCAGUCAGGAGAGCAGAAUAAGAAGCAAACGCUUGAACAGGACUUGGGGCGGAACGUGAAGGGAGACGCCACACGAACAUCUGCAUCCUUAGGGGAUAUAUUGCUUGAGUCUGAACUGAAGGAGAAAUUUAUGUGUAACCCUGACAGUGUUUUAUCACAGAGAAGGAUCGAUACCCCUGAUUUCCCUUCCACCCCUCGACGUAGGAAGUCCAAAAAAUUGAGGCACUCGCUUUCAUUGAACCGUAGACUUUUCUCCCGUUCUGUAGUAACAGCUUCAGCUGAUCAUUCUCCCAAGGAUAAGGUUUGCAGUGACAACUACCCUGGUGUAGAAAGUGAAAAAGAGAAGACAGUAGAAGAUGUUAAGUAUGCUGGAAACAGUCCAGGGGAAAGGGACUGUGUUAUUGUCCAACAUUGCAGUGAAGAAAUGGGAGCCAAGGAAAAGCCUUGUAGCGAUGUUUCUCCUAAAGCAAAACGGAGGAGAAGAAACAUGAUAGAAAAUGCAAGGCCCUCAACAGAAGAACCUGAUGCAGAUGAUAAUGUCCACCUGUCCAGUGGAGAGAAUGCCAAAGUUCUUCCACCUGCCUUGACACUGUGCUGUGAGAACGAAAACGUGGAAAGUUCAAGCACUCUUAUCAAUGAGACCGAGGUGAUGGACACGAGCGGAGAGGGUGUCAGAGUAGGUGCAGCCAAUUUUAAUGGUUUCCCUUUUGAAAAUAUUGAGGUUGUGAAUACAACAUCUGUUUGUAGUGUUAGAGACAAAAGAGACAACGCUGAUGUUCGUGCCACCUACUGUAGUCCGGUACGUGUCCCAGAGAGUAGUGUUGUCAGAGGUGUUGAUCAUAAUUUCAGCCUCACCAGUGCAGCGGAUGUAGUCAGACAAAAUACUGACAAUGUCAUGUUAAACAGUGAAGCUGAUGACAGAGAACAUACUGACUCUUGCCGUGUGAGCACAGUCAGACAAAAUAUUAACAAUGUGAAUUUCCCAGCUUCCGACCUCAAUCUGAUUCAUGAUAAAGUUCUUGUAGCAGCUGAAUGUGAUGAUAUUAGAAACGUAGCCAGCAAACAAGAAGAUAAUGCUGGCUGUGUCAGUUUCACCACUGGCCAAGGCUUGUGUCCGUCUAACUGUCACUUGUCGCCAGUGGCUUCCAGUCCAGGUGUGCUGAGUCAGUCUAUGUGUGAAAUUGUUUCAAUUGGGGUACCAAUGACUCCUUCUGCAGUCGGCCACUCUGUUGGCAGUCUCCCCCCCUCACCGCAAACUCCAGUUACUCCAAUUAUAUCAUCAGCCAGACGAAAACCAACACCAUCUGUAAAGUCUCAUCAAAGAUUUUCUUUUACAUCAACUCCCAAGACCAAUAUAAAACAGAACUCCCUAUCCGGACUUCCUUUGGAGUCACCAUGCUCUGCUACAGACUAUUCAGCAACCUUAGGUGUUGAGAACCGAACUAUCAAUGACCGAAAUGAACUUUUGUGUGACGCUAUUGAACAAGGACCUGCAUCAACCACCUGCAGUUCUGCUUCUAAGGUACCACAGCAUAAAUGUUUGACUGAAACUGUGUCUGUCCAUGCGCCUCCUACGCUUGCGUCACCCACAGGAACCUCGGUCGACAACAAUGAUGAAGUGAAGCCCAUUCACCACCACGACGGCUGCGCGUCUCUGACAGAUAGGUCUCCUUUAGGGGUUGCUGUCAGGACUUGUCAAGUCAACACCUCAGUCUGUGAAGAGAGCUAUGUGUCUCCUGGUCAAACCCUGGCAUGUGGGUCACCUGUAGUGACCUCCUGCUGUCAUGGUCAAGUGAAAUCCAUACUUCAUGAGGAGAGCUACGUGUCUCCUGGCCAGCCUCCAAAGUGUGCGUCUCUUGGUGUUGAUCAACGGAAUAAUAAGUCCUGCGAAGAAAAGACAGCUCACCAUGAUGAGAGCUAUGUGUCUCCUGCUCAGCCUCCCCAAUGUAAGACUCCCAGAGGGACAAUGAUCAGUAUGGCUCAGUCAGAAACUCCAAACUUUGAGGAGAGCUAUGUGAUGUGUCCUGGCCAGCCUGUAAUGAGUUCUUCUUCAGUAGUGACCCCUGCUGGUGAUAGUCAAGAAAAGAUGAGUCAGCAGUGUGUGAUGAAUAAAGGGAGAAAGUUGAAUGCUACCCCAUCUGGCUUGACAUACAUUUGGGAGGAAGGCAGUUCUGGACCGCGACAUGGCUCAUUUGUCUUCACACCUGGCCGCAGGAAAUCACGAUCUGGGGACAGGAGGGGAAAGAGUAACAAACCUUCGAAGACUCUUAAAUUUUCUGGAUGCUUUCAGUCAUGUUCCCAAGAUGCAGUGGUGCGGCUGCUGUGUGGAGAGGUAAUCCUCCCUGAUGGUCAGAGCCAGCCGUAUGUGGUGAGCGUCCAGGCCACAGCAUUAACCAUCUGGGCACAGACAGAUCAGGAGCAGUGGGCAGCUGAACUUGACUGGGCCUUGUCUCAGGCUUCCCAUAUCCUGAGCAGCUGCCUUCUCCCGGCCAAAGAUUCUGUGGUUGUCGUGACCAGUGGUCGGUUGUCUGGCCAGCCUUGCUCUGAUGUGUUUGUCUAUCACUGGACCUCGGAAACCACCUCACGGUUCAGCCUCCCCUUGGCUGAAGAAUAUCCAGAACUGAGUGAGCCCAGCGCAGUGUUACUCUGUCCUGUAUCUGAGUCCAGCCUACAUCUCGGAAUGACCACUAUGAACCAAUACGCCGUGAGAAAUGUGAGCAUCACAACGCCCGGUCAUUGCCUUAGGGAGACAACUGUGUCGAGACCUUGUCGUGGUCAGCUGCUGGACUUGGUUGUCAUCUCUGGGGAGAGCUCUGCUGCACUUCUUGGCCUCACAGCUGAUCAGAGGCUUUUGUUGUGGAAUGCAACUCUUGGGGUGGAGCUGAAGCGGAUUAACGUAUCCAGUUCACUUCCCUGCCUCACACGCCUGUUGGCUGCUAGAUCUUGCGAGGGUGUGUUGAUCUUGGAUGUUGCUUGGAGGUCAGAAGAAGCGGAUUGGGGCAGCUCUGUGGCCUUGAACCCCAUGUCUGGUCAGAUGGUGACCUUGAAGACCUAUGACACCCCUGACAACAUGUGGAAAAGGCUAGAAGAACUGAGGUCUGAGAUGGGUUUUGUAACAGCGGUCAAUGAUCGUGGAUCUGUGGCAAUAUGGAGCCAGGUGACCGGUGGUCUGCUCGGUUGGGUGCGCUCGGGACAGACAACAAGUGUGGCAGUGAUGGGUAGCUCUCUGGUUCUGGGAGAAAUUCAUGGCUGUCUUCAUCUGUAUACAGCAGGAUGACAGCAGGGUUGUGUCCCUUUUGCCUUGUUUCUUAGAAAAAUCGGUGCUGUUUUUUUUAUCAAGCUUUCUGCGAAAAGCUUCAUGUACAUUCGUUUGUUAUUCAGACCCCUGCUGUGUUAUUAAAAUGGUAACCAUUUA